AGGGUUUUGAGGUGCCCUUGGCUCCAUAAAGUCAACAUGGAUAUUCUAGAGAGCCUCAAAGUCGUUCCCAAGUACGAUCCUGAAGUGAUAAGAUCCCAGCAAUUCUCUCGUCUGAAAGGUGAAACAUACCUGGACCACGCAGGCGCAGCCCUCCACAGCGACGCUCAACUGGCAGCGGUCACGUCUGAGCUGAGCACUUGUCUGCUGGGCAACCCUCACUCUCGCAACCGCCCCAGUGAGACUUCCACGCAGAUACUGCACGCAACUAGGCAGAGAAUAUUGCAGCAUUUCAACACAAACGACGAAGAAUACGCAGUGAUUUUCACAUCUGGAGCUUCAGCGGCCAUCAAACUCGUAGCAGAAAAUUUGAAUUGGUCGUCGCCAUGCCAAGAGUCACGCCACGACGGCACGACACACUGUAACUGCACCGAGGUUGCUAAUGCAGCCUUACGUCUGGAUGAUUCAAAUUCUAGCAUAACAAAUCAUUAUGGGCAUUUCGCUAGCGAUUCUCAUGUCGAGGAAAGGAAGCUAAAUUCCGAGCCAUUGCAUGUGAUAACCGAAAAUUCUAAUGGAACAACCUGUCCUGCUUCCGCUAAUUGUGUCAAAGAUGCAUACUCUAUUUCCACGCAGUUAGAACCUAACAACGAUAAACCUUGGGACUCUGGUAAGAAGACAGAAAAUAACGUGAUGCCACCUACCAAGUUCACUUGCUACGUUUACUCUCAAGAGAAUCAUACUUCUGUCCUGGGAGUCCGAGGCUGUGCUGUCAGUGCUGGUGCAUCUGUGUUCUCAAUACCUGUGAAAAACAUCUACGAAAUCUCUAAAAAUAACGAAAUUAACGUCAGUGAGAAGAAGACUCUACAAGAAGACCCUGACGUUGAGAACUGCCUCUUCGCUUACAGCGCGCAGUGCAACUAUUCGGGCGCUAAAUAUCCCUUAUCGUGGGUACAGCGCGUACGGGACGGAAUGUUGGACGAUUUUGUUGACUCCAAAACUGGAAAAUCUGGAGUUACUCGACGUUGGUUCGUGUUGCUCGACGCGGCGAGUUUUGCAGCCACGUCUCCGCUCGACCUCUCGACAUGUACACCAGACUUUGUCCCCGUAUCCUUCUACAAAAUGUUCGGCUAUCCUACCGGAUUAGGAUGCCUGCUGCUGCACCGGCGUGCGUGGAGUGUGCUGAACAAACGUUACUUUGGAGGCGGCACCGUGGAGCUGGCGGACGCUCGCUCCAUGCGCACCGUCCUGCGCAAGCUGCCGAGCUCAUUAAAGAACGUGUCGGAGCACACCUUCCACUUAGCCCGGUACGUUCAUCACAGCUUGAAGAGUUUCCACCACGGUAACGGGUCGCCCCUCGCCCGUGUUUACGGGACAGAAGGACGCCCGUGGGCCCUCGACCAGCACGGGCCAAUCGUCAACUUCAACGUCUUCACAGACUCAGGGGACUACGUCGGCUUCACUCAUGUUGAGCGCGUAGCUGCCAUCUACAACAUCCACCUGAGGACAGGCUGCGUCUGCAACCCCGGAGCCUGCCAGACGCACCUCGACUUAUCCUCGGACGUGUUGCAGCAGCAGCAUUCGAAAGGCCACGUGUGUGGCGAUAGCGUGGAUGCCAUUGAAAGCUUGCCGACAGGUUCAGUGAGAGUGAGUUUCGGGUACAGCAGCACCUACGCCGACGCCGACCUCCUGCUGCGGAUGUUGCGCGAUUGCUUCAUCCAAGGUCAGCUUAUUCUUGACACUCACUGGAUGACCAACAGCGAAAACCUUGAGAAAAACGCGACGUUAAACGAAAACAAGAUCCGAGAAGGCAAUAAAGGGCGAGAAAAUAGGGAGUAUAAUGGCAACCCAAAAGAUGUUUGUGUAGAUGUCAAUGGCAGUGGUGGACGUGAUGGUUUCUCCACAUCGUCAAGUCAGCAACUGGAACAAAAUUCCAUCUCCUCUCAGAAUAUCAAUAAACCUGAUAUUUUAACUACUAACAACCACAGAAACACUGCGGAUACAAAAUUCGUCGCUGAACCUCAAUUAAUAAUUCCAUCUGAUGCAAGUCCCCCGGAUUUCAACCCCCUUUCAUCAAAUGGCUUUUGCAAGGACUCUCUGGACCAAAAAACUAAGCGUUCUGUUGUCAUAACGGACCUUAAAAUUUACCCCGUGAAGUCGUGUGGUGGAAUGAGUGUCUCGUCAUGGCGGCUGGGUGACCAAGGUCUUCUAUACGAUCGUCACUGGAUGGUUGUGACGAAGGCAGGCUACGUCAUGACGCUCAAGAGGGAGCCGCGCAUGAGUCUUAUUAAACCUUUUGUUGACUUGCACACUCGUCAGCUGAAGCUAUCUUUCCCAGGGCACGACAGCGUUGAAAUUCCCUUAGACUCUCAGCAGUCAGAAGACGCGGAGGAUGAGAAGGUUUCUUUGCCGUGUAACGUGCGCGUGUGUGGCGAUAAAAUCCAGACCCAGGACUGCGGUGUUCAAGUCGCUGAGUGGCUGUCUAAGGUUCUGGACAUGGCUGAACUGAGGCUCGUGCGACAGUCAGGAGCGCGAGGCCGCCGCUCUCAUGCUGGACAAUCUUCUGCGCCGCUGUCCCUGGCCAACGAAGCGCCGCUGCUGUUGCUGCACCGACCGUCCGUUCGUCGCCUGCUGGGGACCAUCGAGAAGAACAAGCGGGACGCGCUACAGCACAGACAAUCUUCUGCGCCGCUGUCCCUGGCCAACGAAGCGCCGCUGCUGUUGCUGCACCGACCGUCCGUUCGUCGCCUGCUGGGGACCAUCGAGAAGAACAAGCGGGACGCGCUACAGCACAGCGAGGAUUGUUUGGUGGAAAGAUUCCGAGGCAACGUCGUGCUGGACGGCGGCGCAGCGUUUGAAGAAGAUGACUGGACUGUUCUCAGUGGCGACCAGCAAACUAUACAGGUGGUUGGAUUGUGCGAGCGCUGUCAAGUAGUGUCCGUCACACCAGGCUCCUCCAGUCGAAGUGUCGAGCCGCUGCUGUCGCUCAAAACUCUACGGGGAGCACGUGCAACAUUUGGCAUCCUGGCGUCCGUUUCGCCUGCUGUAAAUUCAGAGUCAAAUAUCUCAGUGGGAAUGAAAUACGCUGUGUAAUUUGUUGUUAGCGACGAACAAUUUACAGAGUUCGAGCUUAACUUGAAGUCUCUUUUCUUUAGUUUUAGGCCGAAGAGCAUAAACAUCACUGAACUUUUCCCUUAAACCUUUUGGUGGACAACUGUAGUUGUUGGAAUUUUUGCUUUACACAAGCAGCACAUUUAAAGUGGAGCAUUAACGUCUGCAGUGAAAGUGCAUUCCAUAAUCGUGUGAAUACUCAUCUAAAUAGCAAGAGAGCUCACAAUCGGAUGACAUUGACGUGAAUAAUGAAUUUCAACGUGUAAUGCAAUACGCGGCUUGCAAAUUCGGACCAAUAAUAACACUAUUUCUGCGCAAACUCUUAUACCCAAAAAUAUUUUUUCCGAAAAAUAAAAUAUAUAAUAAUAAUGGCCGUGUUUACGACUCGUGCUGUGACAGAGCAUCUACAUCGGUAUUCAAAUUGAGUAUAUUAAUAUUUUUAUUUGUUGGUUACUAAAUGCUGUUUUAGUAACCAUUUAGAGCAACAAAAAUUCGUUGAUCUAAUUGAGUAGUCGAUGCCAGCGUGUGAAUGUUGUUUUAAGACUGGCAAAGCAACUGGUGUAUCCUGAGCGCUUUUCGUUUGCACCAAUUGAGGAGAACGGAUGAACUAAAUUAUCUUAGCUGAUAUGACAAAUUUACUUGAACUCUUAUAACUAAUUUACCUGAACUAACAUGUCUAAACUAUUUAAAAUUUCCAAUGGAAGACAAAAUAGAAAACGAAAGUGCAUGCGGCUUGUGCUCUAUGCAGUAACUAAAUUGUUGAUUUCUCCCAUACAUAUUACACCUAAAAAAAAGUAUUGUAUCAAGAUUUCUAAUUACUAAAAAUGUACGCUCUAAUAUUUGUUCACAUUUUCUUGGUAUAUAUGAGUGUAUAAUCUAUGCUUCCGGCAGGUCGUAUCUAAUCUAUGAUACCACCGUACGCUUCAGCUCUGAUUCUGUCACGCUUAUUUUAAGGCCUCAUCUUAGCAUUAAUAUUGCAUUAAUUUGUUUAUAAUCUACGAUGUUUUGCUCGAAUAUCUCUUCCGUGCUAGAAAACAUGGACUUUUGGCUGUCUAUUUUUAUAUAAAAUAUCUGUUUUUGGUGUUUCCAAAAA